AGGAUUGGUCGUGUAAGGCAAGCAUGUAAGAACAGGAGCUGCGAUUGGUUGAACGAGACACUCCACUCUGCAGGUCUCUCAGCGUGGACACUGUGGGACGAUGGCGACCUGGUGUGUGCGUGCGAUCAGACAGACCUCUUCUAUCAUAGCGUCCCCUUCACUAGUAAGGGCGACUCCACGCCUCCUUUGCACAGCAGCCCAACAGAAAAGCUCAGUGCCUGGGACUGAAGAAGAGAAUGUGACUCAGAAACCAGAGCCCAGUGCAGCUGAGAAAGCCUUCAUAGAAGAAAAGACACAACUGGAAGAACAGCUAAAAGAUGUUACGGAUAAAUACAAGCGAGCGCUAGCAGACACUGAGAACCUUAGGCAAAGGAGUCAAAAGAUGAUUGAUGAUGCUAAGCUUUAUGGAAUCCAGGGCUUCUGUAAAGAUCUCUUGGAGGUGGCUGACAUCUUGGAGAAGGCAACAGAAAGCGUACCAAAAACUGAAAUAUCUACUGCGAAUCCACACCUGAAGAAUCUCUAUGAUGGCCUUGUAAUGACUGAGGUGCAGAUCCAAAAGGUCUUCCAAAAACACGGCCUUGUUAAGCUUAACCCUGAUGGUCAGAAGUUUGACCCUUAUGAGCAUGAGGCUGUCUUUCAUGCACCUGUGGAGGGCAAGGAGGCAGGUACCAUAGCUGUAGUUACUAAAGUAGGCUACAAGCUGCAUGGUCGUACUCUACGGCCAGCUCUGGUGGGUGUAGUCAAAGCCCCCUAACUCGUCUUACACACUUUAAUGGGUUUGUGGCCGGGUCAACUGAUUGAUUUCUGUAAGUUAGCUGGUCUUAAGCUCCACUGUUUUUUGUGCCUCCGAGAGGUGAAAUCCAAUAUAUUGACAACUGAAGGACAAUGCCAGACUAAACUUUGUGAUUUAAUAAUUCAGUAAAAAAAACAAAAAAAAAAAACAAGAGUUGAGCAUGUAUGAGGUACAGUAGAAGAGUCACAGAAUCUUUGACUGGAUGCAUCAGUAUUCUCUGGAGGAUCAUCACCUUUCCAGGGACUUCUGAGACUUUCUGAGAAACGGAAGCUUUUGAAUAAUCUAAAGCUUUUAAAGGAACACUGCAGCAUAUUACAUUGUUGAACAUCUUUUCUUAUCAUGCUUAUUUGCUCUUACAUUAAUUAUUUCACUGAAGAAUGUUACAGGUUUGGUGAUGUCUGUGACAGCAGUUGGUAAAUUUCACUUUUGUUGUCCGUGUUAUGUAGUUUUUCAGUUUGUAUGAGAGAACAAUUAAGUCUUCUUUACAGGAUUUGAGAGUAACAUUUUAUCCAAAAAUAAAAUGUAUAAUUUUGGUGGAGAUCUUGGGAAAAGAAGAAGCACUGAUCUUUUAAGGCCCCUUGAAAGAUCAGUCCUUAGAAAUUGUGGUUGAAAUAUGAAUAGAAUUAUAUUAAAAAUAUUAACGUCAAAUUUAAAAAGGUAUUGGAUUAAAUGUUUCCAUCUAUGUGAACAAGCAGACAACUGUCAAAUAAAGAAUUUACCUCCUUUUAAA